CGUCGUGUAGGCAGCAAGCAACAUUCCAUCCAUCGCUCGCUGAUCGAUCAUGUCUGGAUGGUGCGAGACGGACGAGCCCAACGGCUCCAAGGCGGUGAGCCUGCUGCUGCGCCUCUCCGCGCUCAUCCUGGCACUGGCUUCGGCGAUCAUGAUGGCCACGGCCGACGACUGCACCGUCGCCGGCGCGACGCCCACGGCCGUCACCUACCGGGACUACGGCGCCUUCGUCUACCUGGUGUGGGCCAACGUCGCCGCGGCCAUGCUGGAGGCCGCCGCAAUCUACCUGCAGCUCAGCGGGGCCGGCAAGGGCGACGGCGACGACGGGGGCAGCAAGCUCCCCGGGAUCAUCCUGGUCGUCGUCGACGUGCUGGCGCAGGCGCUGCUCUACUCGUCCACGGGUGCCUCGUACGGCGCGAUGGUCGGCGUCGACGCAUGCGUCGCAUUCGGCGCGCAGGUGGGGCGGGCGAGGCUGCUGUCGCUCGGCGCCAGCGUCUCCCUCGGCCUCGCAGCCGUCGUCAAGGACGUCUCGCUGCCGUUCAAUGUCUGGCCGGGCUCGUCGGACUGAGAUGCCAAAGUCGACGGCCAUCGGAGAGCACCGUGUGACGUGUUAGCGUUGAAUAUAUUUAGCAUGUACUCCUAUAUGAGAAAUACAGUUUGGUUUCUGGUUGUA